CAACUUUUAGAUGUUAUUUACUAAUAUUAUAAUUUUAAACUAUUGCGAUGACAUGUUGCGUUUUCCAACUUUAAUCGGAAAAUUCAUGGCCUUCGAUCGCCACAUGAACCUCGUUCUCGGAGACUGCGAGGAGUUCCGCAAGCUUCCGCCAGCUAAAGGGAAGAAGAUAAACGAAGAGAGAGAAGAUCGCCGUACGCUAGGCUUGGUGCUGCUCAGAGGCGAAGAGGUUAUCUCCAUAACUGUCGAAGGACCACCUCCUCCUGAAGAGUCACGUGCCAAGGCUAGUGGCUCAGGAGGUUCUGUUGCUGGUCCUGGAAUGGGCCGUGCUGCUGGACGUGGAGUACCUACCGGCCCGCUUGUUCAAGCCCAGCCUGGGCUUGUUGGGCCUGUUCGUGGAGUUGGUGGGCCGUCUCCGGGGAUGAUGCAGCCUCAGAUCUCUCGGCCUCCGGUUAUGAGGCCUCCCGGGCAGAUGCUUCCGCCGCCUCCGUAUGGGCAAAGGCCGAUGGGUCCUCCGCCUGGUGGGAUGAUGAGAGGUCCUCCGCCGCCUCAUGGGAUGCAGGGACCGCCUCAGCCUCACCCUGGAAUGAUGCAUCCUCCUCCUGGUGGGUUUGCUCCUCCACCGCGUCCUGGCGUUCCACCACCGCCGCCUAACCAGCAGCAGCAGUGAUUAGGUUAGCUAAAAGAAUGCCUUUUGUUUUGUUAAGGUUUAGUCUGAUCUAUCCUUAAGUUUGUAGAUGUGUUAGACAAGUGAGUGUGUCUUUUUGCCUUUGUCUACUUGUGUGUUUCUUGUAAGAGAGAUUCCAUUAAACCUUGUCUUGUUAUCUCACCGUCUUAUUGCAUUACACCGAUUUAAGCAGAUAAGAUAAACUGUAUUCAUUUCAUAAUCCAUGUAAACUGUUACAUAGCAUUUUAUAGUACAUGGUGCGUUUUUAUUUGAUACAUUUAUGUAAAACUAGUGGAUAAAGAUUCAACAGUCAUUAAACACGAUACGGUUUUAGUGGCAAGUACAUUUCUUGUCUUCGUUUCAUCAUGCGUUGCCACCGUCUCUGUUUCCUUUGCUUGGUGAAGAAGGCACCUUCUCAGAUUCGUCUUCCUCAGCUCCAGUAGCCGGUGUUGUAGGAACAGAAGGAUUUGCAGGCUUAGCCAUGGGGAAAGAGCCAUACUUGUGGAACGGCCAGCCUUGGAAUGGGAAUUUAGACCUGAAGAAACCGGAUAUCGCAGGGUUUGUUGCAGGUUCAUCAUCGAUCUUGACCAUAGAGGGUGAUGAAUCAACCUCGGUGGAUUCAGGAACAGGAAGUACCGGAGGAUGAACAUUUGUUUUCUCGAGCUUCUUCUCUACUGCGGCUGAUGCUGCUACCGCCAUUUUUGGGCUGCGAGAGCAGAGCAUAAGUGGGGAAGUGAGGAAGGUGAGAAAGAUCAGGCAGAGAGAGACUCUUGAGAUUGACAUUGUAGUAACUGACUUGUUUUGUGUUCUUGGACUUUUAUAUGAGAAUUGUUUGUUUGAUGGUGUUUGGAGUCAAUGGUGUUGUAAUUUAUAGAGUGGAGAUUGUAGUCAGGGAUGAGUUAGGAGAAUAAUGUGUUGGAGACUAAUGUUGGAUGUCUACUUCUUACCUAAAUCUGAAUUAUCAAAGUCAUGCUUAUUGUCGUGAGCUUGAUGAGGAUGAACCAGAGAAGGUGAGAUAUAAACUGAUUUUGGUAUAAAGUUUAUAUUUUUCUUGACAAAGUUGUUAAUUUCAUCUAAAUUAUGAGAAAUAGAACGUCACAAAGCAGAUAAAUCUGGAAAUGAUAAUCAGCAUUUAAAUGUUCUAGGCAGCAGCAUUUAGAUGUUAUUGUCUGCAGCUUAAGUAGCCAAGAAUGUUUGGUUGGUUUAUCAGAUUUUAUAGUAAUACAUACAUUAACAAUGCCACAAAGGGGGCAAUGAAGUUUACAAAGUCUACAAAUAGGAAUGGCAGAUUGUAGGACCAAAAACCUUUGUGUUCAUCAACUUUGAAAGAAGGAAAAAAAAACCAAACAAGAGAUUCUGAGAAGCCUUUUUUUGGGGGGGGGGGGGGGGGGGGGGG